CUCAAUAAAAACGCCUCUCCAAAAGACGAAAGCGUUACUCCGGCAGACAUCUGUUUUCAAGUUGUACACGACCGUUCAUUGCCGUGAACUCCGUGUGGGCAGAAGUUCUUGUACGUUGAUACAAUAGUGUUUGUGUCUGGAUCUGCCCCGACGAGUUGUGGGUCAUUCAUCAACACUGUACGAUGUGACACAUGCUGAUGUCUUGCUGCAUGUUCGUGACCUGAGCCAUCCUCAGGCAUAUGCUCAGAAGUCGGACGUGAUGAAGGUGCUGAGUCGGUUGGACCUCUCUCCGGGACUGGUGGACGGCAUUAUCGAGGCUGGGAAUAAGGCAGACAGACUGGAUAAUGGUGCUGAUGUUGAUGUGGGUGGUGUGGUCCCCAUAUCUGCGCUGCACGGCACGGGUUUGGAUGAACUUCUGCUACGAGUGGAGCAGGCUGUGAUCACUAGAACUCAGCGGGAAAUGUGGAGGGUUGUGUUGCCCGUGAAUGGUCCAGAGCUAAGCUGGCUACAUGGAGAGCCAGGGGCAACUGUUUGCGAUGUGUCGCCAAUAGCAACCGCAAAGCCACACCCACAAGACAGCGAGACUCUGCCCCUCACAACCCAAGACGAUGUCAUUGCAACCGACGAUGAUGUCAUGACUGAAUACCUGUCUGUGAAGGUGAUACUAACUGAAACAGCAAACUCUAAGUUUCAAGCACGAUUCUCCUCGCUCUGUCAAAAUGUUCUGAUACUCCACUGGACCCACAUUAGAAGCUAUUAAUAUUUAUUUAUUCAUUCGGCAUGUCCACUUU